AUGUGGGGUGUGCAUAUUGGAAGGCUCAACGUCUAUUUCAGAGACCUUCACGGACAAGACAGGAUGUUGUGGAGGCUUUUUGGAGACCAGAAUAGCACUUGGAAGGAGGCUCGUAUCCCUGUUGAAAUUACCGAUCUGCAUUACGAGGUAAACCCGUUUCUUCAAGGUGCAGUGUAUGGGUGCGUGCAUGUUGUGUUCCCAAUUUUAUCCAUAGUUAAAUUUUGGUAUGAUAACGAGUUUGUUGAAGAAAAUUAAAAUAAUAUUAAAACCAUGAGGUUCAGAAUACAGCCAAAAAAUGGCCAAAAUCUUUAACUAUAACGUAACACCUACAAGUGCGAAUUUUUACGUAUUUGUUCAUAAGACUUGGAUCCUUGGGUUUCAUUGAUAGAAAAGCGUAGAGAAGCCAAUUAUACCUUGUAAGGUGACCGGUUCUUUUCUUCCUGUUUUUGCCAGCUACAGGCCAUAUUUGAGACUGAAAAAAAAGGUUUAACUGCUUAAACACGCUCUUUGCUAAGAUUACCCAGGUGAAGAGAAAAAUAACCGGUAUGAUAUAAAUUGCCGAACCCCUUGUGCACACAAGUUCAAUGAGUGUCUUAUGAGAUUGUUAUUUUUAGGUAUUUUUUGAAGCAAGGAAAGGUUAUGGUUACUAUGGCGAUAUUGCUAUUGAUCAGAUUGCCUUCACUCAGGAAAGGUGCACUCUGGUUCCUUCACAUGCCUCACCUCAUAGCCCCGGAGUGGGUAAGGCCAACCUUCUGUACACUUUCUGUUAUUCAAAGAGGGUCCUGACGGUUGAUCAGUAGCCAUGAAGGGAAGAAUUAUUAGCAAUAGCCUUAUUACACAGAAAGCAGUGCAGCGGGUUCAAGAGAAUUUGGUAAAAGGGUGGCAAUAACAACAACUUUGCACGUGCAGUACACUUUUUUUGAACAUUUCUUUUCCGUCACUGCGCAACUAUGACGUGAAUAGACCUUUUUACCGAUACGUCGGCCAUAUUGAAUUAAUUCGAUUUAAGGAGUAUUAUAGGAUGCCCAGGGGGCAUGAGCACAUUUCGUUUUUUUUAUUUUCGAGCUCUUUUCGGGACAUUUUUUCUUAAAGUUUUCUUAGAAUAAGAUUCUAAUGGGAAAAAAGAUCCUUGUGCGAUGUUUGGAUGUAAUAAUGAUCGCCUUUUUCUAGUUUAGUAUUAGAAAUAUGGACUUUCACUGUAUAUUUCUCGGGAAAAAGGCGAUCAUUAUUUCAUCCAAACACGGCACAAGGAUCUUUUUCCCCAUUAGAAUCUUAUUCUAAGAAAACUUUAAGAAAAAAUGUCCCGAAAAGCGCUCGAAAAUAAAAAAAAAAACGAAACGUGCUCAUGCCCACAGGGUAACCUAUGACUCCUUAAAUCGAAUUAAUUCAAUAUGGCCGCCGUAUCGGUAAAAAGGUCCGUGCCUAAUUUCACAAUAAUCGAGAACGUAAGGAAAGGACGACGAAUUUCUCUUUCUCUUUUUGAAGUUGGAUAUUUUUUAUGGAUUCAACUCCGGGAGAGUUCGCCUAUAUUUGAAAAAGUAAGCGAGUUGAGAAAAUCGCCAUGAACGGUUUCAAUGAACGCGAAUUCACUUUUUAAGUUGUUGGUCAGGUGUUGUAACAUGUUUGAACGAGCAGUAUUACAUGCACGUGGCGAAUAGUCUGUGUCGAAUGACUGUCAAGCUGAGCGAUAUUGUCUUAUCAAUUGUUUAUUAUCAUUACUUUCCAACAGCAAUAACUUCUUCCAUUUUGCAAAGGGACAGUGUUCAUCAUCAGCAUCUGAGUAGGAUGCUGAUUGAAGAAGGCUACGACUCAUCAUUGUGGAUCCCAUGUUAUGUCGCCCUCCGCCAUGGCUGGAAUGUUUCCUCAUUUCAUGAACUCUGCGACAACAUGGCCCCCACCCUCACCAUUGUCAGAAAAGACAAUUACGUCUUUGGUGGAUUUACAGAGAAUAGCUGGGCAGGUAACUAUGGCCGUCGGCUUCACUUAAAGCGUUUUCUUUACAUUAAACAGGUGCAUAUAGUGCGGCUGUUGGCUGUGAGUAAAGCCGUCUUCCCUCACUCCUCGCGUCUAUAGAAGUUUCGCGACGAGACGUCUGUGAUCCGGCCCCAAACCUCCAUGAUGAUGACUUAGAUUUGUCCGGAAUCUGGUCAACAAGCGCUGAUGGGCUAUUGUUGUCAAAUGACAGACAAAAGACGGAAGGUCACAAAAAUCUAACGCCAUGAAUCUACUACAGUCAUUACUUUUGGAGUAUUUUCUUCUUUACAAGAAGCAUUUGAGUUUUGCUGCCGCUCGUUCACAGAAGAACUUAAAACUUAAUGAUAAUGAAGCCCCCAUGACUACCAGAUUAAUGAUCUAAUCAUCGAUUCACGUCAUCAGCAUGUAAUUUUGUGGGCCGAAUCGUAGACGUGUCUCCUGCGAAACGUCUUUAGAGACGAGGAGAGAGGCCAAAAAAAAUAAUUAUGUUCUUUUUUUUCAGAUACUUCCAAGGGAUCCUAUGAAUUGUCUUUCGAACGACAAAACGUAGGCGAUUAUGCAACAAAACACUGGUCAUCUCUUGUAAGUACUCUCACUGCGGCAAUGUGGAUAAAGAACUCUGCCUCUACUAAGGUAACACUCUUUACAUUUGGUUCGACAACUGAUGCCAUGUUGCAGUUUAACGUGGAGGAUGCAACUAAUACUGGUUAUGGAAUUUCAGCUGCAGUUUCAUAUUGGCAGGCAGAUGGUCCAAAUUGGGAGUAUGUGAAUUUUCUCAUAAAAAUAACCCGCCUUUUUGUAGUUUUUGAUCGAAACAGUUUCUCCAGGAAUAAUCCUAUUCGAGUUUAAAUACACGAUGAAACAAACAUUCUCUCGUAGUUAGGUUUUCUUGAGUCCUUCAAUAAGUCCUUUGUACGGUGCCGGUACCUGGUGACUACAAUUCAGUGGCGUUUGGUCUAAGUUAGUAAACCAGCUUUCUAACGUUACUGACGACACAAAUGAAUUUGUCCUUAUAAGUCAGCGUCAGUUAGUCAGGAAAUUUCUUUCCUUUCUUUUUGUGUUUGGAACUGGUGACUCUUAGAGGCGACGAUUAAUUUGAUUCAAACUCACAAAAGGGAAUUCUAGUACCCACUGGGAACGAACGUUACCCCUUCCUUCCUUCCAUCCUUCCUUCCUUCCUUCCCUCCUGGGCUUCAGGUUUUGGUCUAGUUUAAGAAUGGCUUUUUUCACUGAAUUCUUUCACAGCUAUAAACUUCAUAUGGAUCAGAAUCCCUUAGAUGGCUCUUGGCAUCACCUCGCAAUUGUGUGGGAGUUAUUAGACAGAAAGUGCCAAAUGUACUUAGAUGGCGUAUUUAUUACAGAGUUUACCAGACCUGAUUGGUCUAAUCAAAGUAUUUCAGGAGAUCUUUUUAUUGGACAAAACCUUCAUCAAAUGAAGGGCGGCGGCACAACAGACUCGUUUAAGGGACGAAUGACCUCCUUUAACAUGUGGAAUUACAAGUUUUCGAAGGUAGAAAUUGCCUCGUUGGUUCAGAACUGUAGAUCAAGGCUGGGAAAUAUAUUUCAGUGGUACAAGAUUAUAGCCAGAGAAAAUUUACGCGGCGAAGUCAAACUUCUACAGCCAUCAUCAUGUAUGUACGACUGCCUUGGAUUAUAGCUGCUAGUUCUGUUGUAAUGUAUAAUGUAAUGUCGCGCAUUAGAAAGCGAAUGUAAACAAACAUUGAAAAACACGCGCCAAGGGUAAUGACAUCAUUACUUAUGUCAUUUUCGCCAAUGAGCAUUUCGCGUCGACUUUUUCAAUGCAGAUAUUCCAAUUCCAGAGACGUAGUUGCAAGCUCUCCUUCCUUUUCCCGCCCUGGCGCCAGAAGGCCCCGGAGAGCUUACUCGCAGGGUAGGAAAACACAGGAAAUGGCAUUUCCGAGGCCCUAGGGCUUGGUCUCGAUGCAUCCCCCCAGACUCCCCUUGUUUGGAGCACCUUUGAAAAUCUAACUUUUCUUCUCGUGCGUACAACUUCACGCUGCGCUUCACUGACUCUCCUUCCCGGGAGAGGUUAUAAACCGAGCCUUAUAAUCUUAAGAACUCUCCAGGUCCUAGGACCUGUCAUUUCUUAAGAAAGACCGUGGCAAAAAUGUUACUGAACUGUCUUUACUCCUAGGUCAGGCGCGUUCAAACUAUGAUGCUUAUUUCACGCGAGGAAACCCUGAUGAUCACAUCCAAGACAACUUAACAGAAAGCCUCUCAGAAUUCACGGUGUCGUUGUGGAUGAAGAGCACAAAUAAAAGCGGCAAGCCCAUAUUGUUCAGCCUUGGAAACGAAACAGUCUUCAUGAACUUCAAACUAGUUAACAAUGGACAAUCACCGAAACUCUGUUUCAAGCUUUAUAGUGAUUCCAUUUGCGAGUAAGAAUACGUUCUUUUAAGCUCAAAGGCAUUGAUAACUAUGAAGAAAUUUUAUUUAAAGUGGGGCAGAGUGAUCCAAUCAUUUAAAAUGCAUUUUUUAAAAGGUAUAGAAACUGUCGCAACUGGCCUGCGCUUGGCCUUGCUUAUUGGCUUGUUUGUUUCGUUGCUUGUUUGCCUAUUUUUCUGUUUGUACCGUCCUACAGCAUGUCGUUGUUUGGAUAUUUUUUGAACAUUCCCUGAAAGAACGAAUAACUCAAUCUGUGAGAGGAAACAACCAGUGAUCAACUUCUAUAUGUAUAUUUUUACAUUUAAUGGCUACAACCUUUGCAAAUUGUUUUACAUUUUCGAGUUCUAACACGCUUUUACUAAAUUCUUUAGGACACUAAGCGCUUCUUUAAGUGUAAUGGAUGGUUACUGGCAUCAAUUUACUGUCAGGUGGAAAAGUAGCAAGGGAGACUGGGCGAUUUACAAGGACGCUAUCUUGCAGGGAGAAGGAAAAGAGCCACUUUUUUCGAAUGGAACUAUCCCGCCUGGAACCUUACACAUAGGAAGUCGGCCAUAUUCGUCGGACGUAACUUUUGCCUUUAUUGGACGAAUCACGUCGUUAAAUGUGUGGAAUUAUUAUCUUUCCGAUGCGGAGGUAGCUUCUAUUGAUCGAAACUGUGGACAAGGCCUAGGAAAUUUGUUUCAGUGGAUUAAUUUGAAGGAGAAAGUUGAUGGCCAGGUUAAAGUCUUGGAGCCGUCUUCAUGUAAGUAUGAGGUCACGUGACCACCUGAAAACUAUACCAGGAAUACUGUCACUUAAAAGAGUAAUUCAAAAUAUACUGAAUUAUGUUCAAGUUGUUCAUGUUCCACUUUUGCUUGUUUGAAUAAUGGGCUUAAAUGUCCAGAGUGUGAAUUUUUAGUCGCGGAUUUCAAGUUCACGGGGAGCAAGGAAAACUCGCCUUUAAAUAAUUUGCGACUACACCAUCACCACCAAGCCUGGAACUGGGUAAUUUGAAGUUUAUAUUUGGCAGAAGAAAAGAAAAAUGUACCAAUCUAAAGACAUAAAAUUUGUAUUAACCUUUUUGUUGUUGCCGUUCCGUUCUCCUUGCUUUUGCCGUCGCGCUUGUUAAAACUCUUUUUUUCCUGCAACUCGAGAAGUUUUAGGUACAAAACUUUAUACUUUGCGUUCGACGCAGAAGGACGACAUGACAUCAUAAGCAACCUUCCAUGGGGAGAGAGCGUUAGAUGGUGUUUGAUAGAAGGCACUCCAUAAUCUUUAGCAACAUUUUUUCUUUUUCAUUGGCGGUGAAACGGCUGAUGAUUUUGAUUUUGUUCUUGUUUUUUCUUUGCUUUGUUUCUUUUUUUCAAUGCCUAAUGUUUUUUUUUUUUACUUUUUAAUUGUGUUAAUAACUGUUGAAAACAUUUGCCUUCAUAAGUUUAAUAUCUAAGUUUAAUAUAUUUUAGGUUCCUCGAGAAGUUACAAAAUGGAUAGCAAGGCGUUCAUCUUUUCUCUGAAUAACACCUCGCAAGGCUCCCUUUUCAAGAAGAAAGUCGCGCAAGGUUCAUCCUCUAAUGCAAUAUUUAGCUCUCCAUCCACCGGUCCCACCUUUGGUGAAGCUCCGUUUGAUUUUCAAAUAGGCGUCGACGGUAACAUGAAGGAAGGCACUAGUCACCAUUCCACAUCUUAUAGAGACAGUAACAGUGCUUUAGGCUCGGACCUGACAACAAUAUUGGCCGGGGAGUCGAAUUUCACUGUUAGUAACAUAGAAGUCUUGUUCAAGGCACCUGGAGGUAGGCCCGUGAACACAGUACAUAUGCUCCGUUGUGCGUUUUAAGCGAUGGUGUUUGGAUCACACUUUGUCACUUUUUUGUACCCGGUGGGUACGAGAACAAAUGAGGUUCAUGCUUUAUUCGGUUAAUGCAGAGGAUUAUGGGAAGAUGGAGAUGAGAGCGUCGGGUUCUUUGUCUUCCCACGCUGCCAUGCGGGAUUCGAAAAGCGAUCCCAAGCCAGCCCUCGAUCCUAUGAAAUGUUCACUUACAUGCCUGGGUGCAAGGCAGCAGAGUUGUGUUUCUCGUUAAUCUAUUUGAUGGGCAACGAGAGGAGUCCCACAGGUCUUAAUUUUUGGCCCUCUUCUCUUUGCACACCCGCCUGUGACCAUUUAAAUUAUGAAGAAAAAGUACAAGAAUAAAAUAGAAACCCGAUCCGUUUAAUUUGAUGCUGUUUAAUCUGAACAUUUGUUUUGUAUUUGGGCCUUGUUUUCCCUUUGUAGAGCGGUUUUCAUUUGAGUGUCGAAAAGUAUUGGUUUUGCACUUUCUACACGAUGCGAUUGGCUUAAAAGAUUCGCGCCACCUUUUCAUCCAAUCAGAAGUAAAACCAAAGCCAAUUGUGACGCGCUCGCAUGCAUUUUCCCGCGCUUUGCGUCAGCCACAUGUAAUUACUUCGAGUUUUGAUUGGUUCAAUGUAUUGUCUGUGUCCUAUGUGAUUGGCCAGAGUAAUUACUUUGGUUUUGGUUUUACGACACUCAAACGAAAACCACUCUAACAGAGUUCUUGGUAGACUACAACUGUUCUGUAGGACACCUCUCGUUGCCGUUGCUAUCAUGGUUGCUUGGCUCCCUUUGCUGAUGCAACAUGCGUGCGUUAAUACGUUCUAAUAAGGGUGCGCAUAAAAGCGCGACCAUCCUUUUACUGUUAUUUAUCGCAUUGCUCAUUUAUUAUUCGCAGGAUCUCUGUGUCAGCGGCCGUGUCCAUUCAAACACUACUGUGAUGAAGUUAGGGGCGGUUGUCGUUGUAGCGUGGAAAAUCAUCCUCCUCUACAAUGUCAACUCUGUAAGUCGAUGAAAUCCGCUGAAAAUGGAUGCAUUUUUCUAGUUUAAUUCUGUGUCAUUGAUUGUUAAAUUUUGUCGCCUACACACCUAUUCGGUAACCUGAGAUCCGGCUCUAUUUUCUUUUGGAUCCGUAAAUGAAAUACCACGUAAGAGAGAAUGUAUGGCAGCUGCUAAAAUUGCACCUUAUCUCAGGCUACUGUCACGGAAACCAUUUUGUGCGCAAGAAGCUUAGUAAGGUUACCUGUUAUCGUUUCGAAAACAAAACAAUAGUCUAGGAAAUAGUCUGUUCCUAGGUCAAGUAAUGUUUUUCCACA